CAAUAACGCAAGCGGAAGAGCUCCUGCUGCAUGGUGACCCGCUCCCUGCCACACCAGCCGGGCGCGCUGUCCGCAUGCGGUCUAUGGAGUGUCUCCGUGCGCGUCCGUGGGUCUCUCUGUGUGAGUGAGUCUGUGUGUUUGUGUGGGUCUCUGUGCGAGUCUGUGUUUGUGUGGGUCUCUGUGCGAGUCUGCGAGUAUCCGUGUGCGAGUCUGCGGGUCCUCGUGUACGCGUCCGUGGAUCUCUCCUUGUGCGCGUCUGUGGCUCUCUGUGCGAGUGAAUCUGUGUGUUUGUGUGAGUGAGUCUGUGUGUUUGUGUGGGUCUCUGUGCGAGUCUGCAGGUCUCCGUGUGUGCGUCUGUGGCUCUCUGUGUGAGUGAAUCUGUGUGUUUGUGUGAGUGAAUCUGUGUGUUUGUGUGGGUCUCUGUGCGAGUCUGCAGGUCUACGUGCGAGUGAGUCGAUGAGUCUCUGUGCGAAUCCCUGUGUCUCUUGUUGUAUGGCAAUGGCAUGACGGUCCAGUCGUCGUGUGACGAUUAACGUACUAGAAACGGGCACAAGGACACCUGCAGUGGUGCAUCGAUAUAUGCAUACUGUACAUACCACACCACUCAACAGGAAAUCUGUAUUGUAAUCGGCGGCUGUGUGCGUGCAUGCUCUGGUACAGCUCAAUGUUUUGUAUUCCGUGACAAGGAGGAGGAACACACCACACACACACACCACACUACACACCACACACCCGUCAUCAGUGGCAAUGCGUGCGAUCGGCUAAACCCAGGGGGGGGGGGGUGUUCCGUUGCGUGCCGUGGAGACGUCCCGCCGCUGACGAUGGCCAAACGCCCGUGCCGCCGUCGCCACCUCUGCGAACGACCUCGUGCCUCCUCCACUCAUCCCGUGCCUCCUCCACUCGUCAAAACGCGCCUUGACAGCCGCGUAGGCAAUUGACGCGUUGCUUGCGCUCGUCGAUUAGAGUCUCACACACACACACUCAAAUCAAGAUACAACAAAAGUCAUUUAGCCGGUGCGGCUGAUCAAAGGGAUAAGGCAGAAAAGCAGCGGGCGGGGAGGUAAGCGAGCGAUGUUGUAUCCCGUGGAGCAAUCGAACCCUGCGGCGGCGACGAGGGUGGCGGCCCAGCAGAAGGUGGUGCCCUGCAUGGAGGAGGCCAUCCGAGGCGAUGAUCUGCAAGCGUGCCUGGACCUCUUGCUCCAAGAUCCCGGGCAAGUGAACGUCAGGGGAUGGAGCGGACUGGGAGCGCUGCACCACGCGUGUUUCCGUGGCAGCGUAAACAUCGCGGCCGCACUGCUGCAGCACGAGGCCGACCCCAACUUAUGCAACGACGCCGGAGAGACGCCCUUCCACUUUGCCUGCCGGAGGGGGAACGUCGCGAUCAUCCACCGCCUUGUGCAGAGUGGCGCCGACGUCACGCUGUUGGACAAGUACGGCCGCUCGGGCCUGCACCACGCCACCGUUGGAGGCAGCGUGUUGGCUUUGAAGUACCUUGAGGAAACUGGCAAAUUCCAUUUCCUGUCAACCGACACAUAUUCCCAGAAUCCUUUGCACAUCGCAGCUGGGAUGGGAAACUUGGAUGUUGUUUGCUUCCUCUUGGCAAAGAAACGCAUCGACUGCCGGACGAGGGACGCCGAUGGCAACACGGCCCUGCACUUGGCGACGCUGAAGGGCCAUAGUGCCCUGUGCUGGCCACUUCUGCAGGCCGGAGGCAUGGGGCUGUUCGCGCUGAGGAAUCGCGACGGGUUGACUCCUGUGGAGCUGGCGAGGAGCUGCAACACUUACAUGCACAAGCACCUGUCUGAGGUUCUGGAAAAUUUGGAGAGGAGAUCGUACAACGGAAAAUCCCUUCAGCCUCUUGGGAUUUACUACGGCCUGAUGUUGCUACCGGGCGUCGGGGCAGCGGCCGGGCUGGCCCUGUCAAGCCUGGUGCCCGCCUACAGCGGAUACCUGAUCAUGGCGCUGUUCAUCGCGCUCACUCGCACCGUCCUCGGCCAAACUCACCGCAUCUGGCACAUCAGCAGGUGGCAGAAUCCCAUUUACUUUGGAAUCUUCAUCGCUGGGAUCAUCCACUCCUUGUUCUGCUUUUACUACAAACUACUGCCCAUACUGUGGCCGGCGCCUGCGCUGCUGGUGAGCUCCGUGGUGAUUACAACGCUGCUCGGGCUGGCCAUGUGCUCUGUGCUGCUGAGGGACCCGGGCCGGCUGCGACCGCAAUGUGGCCCGCCCGGCUCCGGCCUGUCAUCCGUGCACGAGCUUCUGGCCGCCGGCGAACCCACACAGCGCUUCUGCAUCAGCUGCGAGCUGGUGCAGCCCGCCUGGACCAAGCACUGCCGCCUGUGCGAUGCCUGCAUGGAGGGCAUGGACCACCACUGCCUCUUCCUGCUGGUGUGCGUCGCGCGACGCAACCACCGCGCCUUCGUGCUGCUGCUCGUCCUCGUCGCGCUGUGCCAGUUCUGCUUCUCGGGCACCGUCGUCGCGUACCUGGCCCGCGUCGUUCCGCCAAGCCCCGGCGGCGGCGGCGGCGGCGGUGGCGGCACCCACCUUGCCGGGCUGCGGCCCGACUACGGCCGCUGGGCCGCGGCGGCCGCGUUGGCCAUGACCCGCGACUCGUGGCCGGCGCUGCUGCUGCUGGUGAACGUCGGCUGCCUGCUGUGGGUGUGCUGCCUGCUGGCGAUGCAGCUGUCGUACGUGGCGGCCGGGGUGACGACCGUGCUGGGCCACCCGGCGGGGGCCCGUCGCCACCGCGGCGGGCUGCUGCGGGGAUUGGCCAACGUCCUUCGUUUCCUCGUUUGGGGUGAACACGCCGCUGCCGCCGCCGCCGGCGUCGGUGGUGGUGGUGGCGGCGUUGGGCUUAAAACUGCGCUGGUGGCAGAGCAGAUCUGACUGAGCCUUUCAAAUGAUGUGCCUGUGGAGCCAGGUUGGCGUUUCAUCGUAUGAGGGCGUUUGGUGUCUUGUGUUUUUAGUAUGACUUGGCAAUUUGGUUGUUUUUGUGUCGUUUGUGGGUUAAAGGGAGAAUUUGCCACCCCUCGUGAUUGUAGUUUGUCCCCCACCACCCCCCCCCCCAUUCCAAGCAUUCCCCGCGUUUCAAAUCGUUGGCCUGCAAUUUUGUGAAAGCUUUCGAGCGACAUCCAUUCCAUUGCUCCCGCGGUCAUUUCUCACGUUAACUGGCCCAUCGCUUGACAGCGAAGCGUUCGUUGUGCUUCUGUUAAAGAAGAAUGGUAAACUGGGUGAGAGUGAGGUUGGAAGGUGGGCUGUGUCUCGAAGGUCAAUGUGACACUGAGAAGAGAGGAUUAUAGCGACCGGGCCUUGAGACGCUUCCAAAUUCAGGCAGUUGCUCCAUCCUCGCUCUGCCACGCGCGUACCGGCCUCAUUAACGUUGCAGAACUAUGCCCGCGUGCUGCUUUUCAUAAAGUGCGGCCGUUCUUUGUUGUGACCGUUUUACCCGUGUGCUAUUGGCGCGAGCUAGAUGUAGAAUUAAUUCCGUUGGCUAUAAAGUUGAAGUCUUUUUUAAAUAUUUUGUUUAAAUGUAUCAGGAAUAAGUACUUGUUUUUAUUUACGUGUUGUGUUUUUGUUCAGAUGAAAGUAAUUGUACAGGAAAUGCAAACUCGCACUAUGAAGCCACAAGCUUUGUAGAUGUUUUAGCGAGCAACUGGCUGCUUUGUGAAUGACUCCACGUACGUUAGAAAGUCGUUCUCAUUGAGAGGUGGCCGAAUGGCUUCGUGGGAACAGAGCGCCAAGACAGCACCACUGAAUUUCUGGGUUUGAAUCCAGAUUUCAUUAGAGCCCCUUAAAACUGGAGUUUCGGAUAUCAAAAGGUUAUGGUCCUUGACCCAGUCACCAAUGACUGCACACACACGCGCACACACAAACCCUCGUUCAAUCAACUUGUUCCCGACUUAAUUUAGGGACUAAAUUCCAGCUCUGAGAAUUACAAAUCGUGGUUUUGCCACACAGCAGAAAUGUUUAGCACGGUGCCAGGGGAGCACGGAGGAGGACCCCGAGUGUGUCGGGUAGAAAUGGGUCAACGUAAUUCUGGGACGUCUCCUGCCGCGGGCGGUUGUCUGCUCGGAGAGUUCCAAAUAGACGGCUUCAUCUCAUGACGUGGCCACAAUUUUUCGAUUUAAAGCUUUCGUGACUGCAGGGAUUCAUCUUCUUGGUUCUUUCGGUAAAGUCACGUAGAAGGGAAAUAAUAAAAUAAUAAAAAUAAAACAAUAAAAUAAUUCUCACGACGUUUCGGCCACAACGCAAGCAGCCGUCCUCAGGUGAAGAACAGGUCUGUCUUUCCGACAGACCUGUUCUUCACCGGCUGCUUGCGUUGUGGCCGAAACACACCGGUGUGCUGAAGUAGUGACUGUUUGGCACGUUUUGUUUAAGUGACACAUCUUACUAAUUGGCAGUGUUGGGUGGCGGCAGGUUCAGUGAUGUAUUUAUAUUUAUGCUAUCUAACCCAACUAAACCGUUAUUAUGGAUAAUAAUAAUAAUAUUAAAGCCGACGUGUUAAACAGUCUCUUUUUUUACGUAAACAGGAAAUAUUUGAUAUGAAUGAUUUUAUAAUUCACAGCCCUUUGUCGAUCUAGCCCGUAUUGGUCGUGGGCAUUGUUUGACCAUACUUCACCGCACGGGGCAGUGGGCGGCUUGGCGAAGUGGUGGCGGGGGAGAGUGGGAAUUAUUGAGACAAGCGGUAACAUUCAUGGCAGACAUGAGUCGAUGGGAGAAUCGGGGAGAAGCUCUGUGGUGUUGUGGUCUUAGGUUGUUCGCUGUUGUGUGGCUACGCUGUCUGAAUAAAGAACGUAAAUGGCGACAUUUGAUGGCACAAAAAAAACCCCAGCAUUGCCUGCUGGUGUUACUCAUAUGAAGAGCCUUGUGACGAUCUUCACUGGAGAAGGCCUUCACAGACUUCCUUCUGCCGACGUAUCGUCUCAUUUCACUUCAAGUCUCUCCUCCACGCACUCCCUGCCGCGGCAACCAAGGCUUUCUAUGCAAUCUGUGGAGUUCCCUGCUCCCAGCCAUUCGCGCUGCCGAACCCACACUUCUGUACAAGUCUAAGCUCAAAACAUUCAUUUUUAGUUCUCUUGCAUUGACCGCCUCCACAUAAUCAAUUUAGCACACUCUUACUGCACAGUGUCUGGAGGGUGCAGCUACAUUUAGAUGUGAUAGAAAUCCCAAAUUGUCUUGUAAAUUGUAACCAAUCUGGCAUUGUAGCCAUAUGUAUUUUCCAAUAUAGGUUAGGGG